AUAUAUAAAUAAAUGAAAGUUGCCUUAGUACAGAUUGUGCUGAACCUGCAUCGCCAAUGCUACGGGCUUUACUUGACCGGGUGACUCAAUUUGGUCUGAAAGCUAAAAUGGCAUUUUCCUUCAGAGGAGCCAAUUCCAUUACAGGUUCGACUCAAAUGAACUGGCAUGGAACAAUGCAACUUGAGUCAUGGCUGACCAGAGGACGUAAAAUGAGUUGCAUUAUUAAAUCGGAGGGUAAACUGGUGCUUUCAAAGAUUACCACAUGAAGUGAUCGCAAAUCGCAAACACGCUUUCUGCCUACUGUUCAAAACAACUCCUGGUUUGCGGCUUUGACCAUGAUUGGGCGGGUUCCUGCAAUAUCCGUUUACGUCAUUCCAGGAAAGAGCUGAGCGAAAAUACGGAUGCCGAUGGGCGCUGAAUGGCAUGUCAACAACGUGCAAAAUUGCUUCAAGUGAUUUGAUUUAUAUGUUCUGUGUGAAACGUAGACAGAUGUUCGUGACUCGGUGUUUUACGUCAACUUGUUUUACAUUAAUGUGUGUCCACGCCUGUGCACGAAUAACCGACGGGCCGAAUUCAACCUCAAGGGCUAGCUUUCUAGCUAGCCAGCUAAUGCAGAGCCACGUUUGUAUAUGAUCGUAAGUAUCUUGUAUCUCUUUCAAAGUUAUAGAUUUUUGCAAUUAGAGCGUAAAAUUCACAAAAAGACAUUACCAGUAAAAUGAAAUGAAUGCCAGGAAAUUCCUGUGUCAGCAGUGACUUGUCGGCUUUAAAGAUUUGUAUAUUGCAGGCCAAAGGGCCGAUGUCCUGGCCAAUCAGGACGAAGUUAGAUAUCGCAAACCUGAGAUCAUGUCGGUAAAUCCUAAUAAGUUUGUUGAUUUCAAGUAGCCAGGUAAAGAGCGAGUCGGUUCAAUGCAGAAAACGUUUAUUUGUGUAAUUGUAGAGAAUAAAGAGUAGUGAGGUUGUUAAUUCAUAGGAAAAACAGCUGGAGUUAAUUUAAGAGGUUAGGAAAGUUUUACGCUUGCAUUGAACAUUUGUAAGAACAACAUAGUUUGCUGUGUACCAUAUUACUGGCAUUAUGUUCAAGGUGUUUUGUCUUUCUGGUCUUCUGUAUGCUAUUCGUUGUAAUGCACAUCUGGCAGAAACGGUGAAUUCAGUGGUCUCAUGAGAAUGGUUCAUUAAAAACUUCUGCUGAGAUGGCAGCUGACUUCGGAAUGGACACGUUUCAAUCAGUUGUCGUCUGUCAUCGAAUCUAGCGCAUGUGUACAGCAAUAAUCAAACCAAACCCACCCUUAUUAAAGCUAAACCUUGCAUCAUAACACUUGAGAAUGAUUUCCUUAUUGGGGCUCUGCGUGUCAAUAUCAUUAUAUCAAUGUACAUUUAAAUGAAAUUAAAGUGUUACGUGCAAUGCACUGUGUUAAUUCUGUGUUUUCCAUGUGUUCAGAUCUGGCCUGUGAGCUCCUUGACUCGCAUGUCAUGUGAUCGACAAGUGUGUCGAGUAAAGCCCACAUUUGUCCUACUUACAAGUGGCAAACAGAUACGAUGCCACUUGAGGUGGGACCUUCCCCCUCUGGUAAAGACAAUGGACAGAAGGACCCACCACGCAAGCUGGAUAAGGCCCGCAGGGCGAGUGGCGGAGAGCCCACCCCUGGCCCCUCCAGCGCACCCCAGAAGCAGGGCUACUGCAGCUGCUGUCAGGUUCUCUACAGCAGUGUUGAGCAGCACAUCAUAAGUCCUAGGCACAGAGAGGUAGUUCGGGCUGCUCGGAGUAACGUUGCCAUGGGGAGUCUGAUGGACAGGUUCCUGAAGGAUGUCAUGAGGCACCAUCCGCAUCAAUACAACGACACACGGCCGACCCAUGCAGAUCUGCCACAUCUGACCACCUUACCGGCCCCACGGGAGGAACUUUCAGAACUUUGCUGUGGAUCAAAGGAUGAUGGAGCAUCUGUUGGAACUCGAGAAGAGAUGCCCAGCUCGGAUGAUGAAUCCUGUCCACCAACGCAGAAGGCCUCUUUGGCCCCAAAGAAAGAUGCACCAAUGGCCGUCCACACGUCCACGAAGGCUGUAGAUAUUCCCACAACAAGUACUCAAGGUUGCCUGGACACCUUUAAGACUCAUCUUAAUCCACUUCUGUCCAGAAAGGACUCACCCACACAAGGGUUUUUGCACAGGACUAGUAGUACUUCAUUACAAACCCUCUCGCAGUCAAAGUCCCAUUCCAAGCACACCACAAAAGUACCUACAAAGUUAGGUAGCGCACAAACACAGUUGCCCACAGAGCCUGUGCAUUCAAAAGACCCAACUCCUGAGCAGCCUAGUAACUCCCAUUCUCAGCACAGAAAAGCUAACAAGAAGACCAACAGACGUGAAGGAAAUGAAUCUGCCUCUGGUUCUCUUGUUGGAGCACAACCUUCCAGAGUCCCUACGUCAAAAGCCCAGGCCCUCAGCAAACCAGGGUUUGAGAGCCCUGUGCUCUGGGCUCCAGCAAUGCCUGCUUGGAAAGGUGCGCAUAGAGAGCGCACCUUCUCAGAUGUCUCCGACCAGAUCAAUCAAGUGAUCAAUGAGGUGAUCGACAUCCACUGUUACGGGCGCAUCCGUGAGCAGAAGAAAAAAGACAGCGACGACGAUGAUGAUGACGAGGGAAGCUUCCAUCUGAGCCUGCACUCCAUGAGCAACUCGGCGGGAAGCAAGGGGUGGGACGACACGCUGCAGGCCACCCUGGGAGCCACAAAGGUGGAAGAAAAAAACCUUGCAGGCCUCAUGGAGACCCACAUAAGCCUGGAGGAUCAGAAGUACAAGAGCCAGCUUGACUCUGCUCUGAAGCCUGUGCAGGAUGUGGAGGAGGUUAGGGAGACUGGUGACAGGACUGCCAGCGAAGCAGAGGAGGUGCUGCCUGACCUCCCUCACAUACCGCCGACGUUUGUCGGAAAGACGUGGGCCCAGGUGAUGCAGGAGGAUGACCUGAAGAUCGACUCUCUGGUGAAGGAGUUCCGCGAGGGCCAAUUCCGUUGCUACUUUGAGACAGAGUCUCUGGCUCGAUAUGGAAAACACCGCAGAAGAAGAAAGACACGCAGAAAAACACAUGACGUUCAACCCCAAAAGAAGGUUGACGAUGCCGUAGUGGACUGUAUAGAUGUCCUCCCUCUCAUGGAACAUUCUGAGGAGGAUGUCUUCCAACAGCAGCCAGUGAAGGAACAGACCACACAGCCGCAAAAGCGCCUCUAUCGCAUCGCAUCCCGCUGUCAGGUGGUGAAGGUAAGUCACGGGACUCAGACUACCGCCGUGAGCUGCCCUGUGGUUCGUCGCAAAACAGUCGAGGGGGCAAGCACGUCGCUGAAUGAUGCCGAGCCUCCACAACGGUUGGGGCAAGCGGCAGACUCUGGAAACGAAACGCCCAAAAUGAAAACCAGGCUCUGUGCUCUAAGGCUACCGGACUCCUACAGCAAGGUCAUGAGCCCCCUUCAGCCCAAAACUGUAGUUUAUGUGCUCUCCUCCCCUGCGGAUACCAUGCCGAACAUCAGCAAGCAACCUGGCAAGCGGAGAGCGGGAGGAGGAAGGAAGAAGAAAACGUGUGACCUCGACAGCGCUCAAAAGUACAAAUACAAAAGGACCCCUUUGAAAUACUAUGACCACCUCACCAACCGGAUUUUAAAGUCCCCGCCGAAAGGUGCACCCAGUGCCCCGAAACCGAAAUACUACCCCCAUGUGCGGCAGCUGUUUCGCAGCCUCAGUCCAGACAAUAACAAAGAGAGGUACGGGUUUGAGUUUGGGAAUGAAUCCUGGGGAUCUCCGAGGGGGUGGGCCAGCAGUAGUGUAGCCGACCUCUGUGCCUCCAGCACGGGGUCCUGCCUCGACAGUGCAGGGCCCUCUGAGCCAGGUUCCUCUCUGUCCAGCAGCCGACGGGCCCUCUUCAGCCGCUCCUCCAUGUCUAGCAGCAACCGGUUCAUUCUAAGCACCCUGACCCCUGCACCCUCGAUCCCAGACAGCGCAACCAUGGCCCCCUCUGGCUCCCAGACUAGCAGCCCCGAAAAGGCAUCCUCCACGUCUGACCAGACAGGAGGUCCUAGGCUAGGCAGGCGGAAGAGGUGUGGGGAGAAGGCAAGGUCUCUGACGCCAGCAAAAAAUCCAUCCUCCCCUCCGUACAAAAGGAGAAAAAAAGCGGCCAAGCCUAGGGCCAAAGGGAAGGGAGGAAGGUCUUUACAACGGACAGUGCAUCCCCGCAAGUGUGCCGGGAGCAGGACAUCUCCUAGGGGCAAACCUGCCACCCGUGCUUCCCCGAGAACUCGAUCACGUUUGAGACCCUAAACAGUCGAAUUAUUCAGUAAAUGGGUGUGUGUAGAGCCGUGUUUCAAAGUACCCCUCAAUCCUGGGAAACCACCAGCAAAACUUGUCUCUUUACAGCAGAUUUAAUUCAUCAGAGGAUCAUAAUGCCAUUGAGAGUUUACAAAAAUCAUCCAUCUGUUGAGAAGCUGAACAUGUGUGGUAUUGGCAGGGCUGGUGGAAAAGUAUAUAGUGUUGAUGGUCUUCCAGGAGAAAGAUUUCAAAACCGUGAUACACAUCCAAAUGGGCAACGGUGAAGUCAACUCUUUUGUAUGAUGCAGUAUCUGGUGCUGGCUUCAAAGCUGUGUAGUUUCACAGAACCAUUCAUCCAUGCCUUUAGAUGUGUUUCAGACUUCAACAUUGGCUGUAGACAUGUUCAGAACCAAAAUUAAAAUCAGUUGACUUCAGGUGUGUACUCACAUCAUGAAGUGCCGAAGUCAGGUCUGGUUUCUAGAAGCUGUGUAAUAUUUUGAGGACCCAGCAACAUAAAUAAUUAUAAAUCCUUGAAUUGGUUGUAGUGUAACCAAAUAGAUGUGUCUCAGCCUCACUUGUCCUUGUCAAGGUUGAGUCUCAUUAAUUUGUGCAUCUACAGUAUGAACAGAUAAACAUAUUGGAAUAAUGAAGAGCUGUGUUUGUUCUCAUCAUAAACCUUUAGGUAAUCCAGUGUUGCCAAAGUAAUUGCCUGCCCCAAUGACAAGAUCAGUGGAAUAGUAGUAAUGAUACGGAUCACUGUGUUCAGGUUUUGUGUUUCUGUGUUGUAUUUUUUCCAAGGGAUACACAAAUCCAUCAUUGCAACUGAACGUGUAUACAGUCUGCUGAAUGUGCUCAUUUGAAUUGCUGUGUCUUUUUAUUAAUUUGACCUUAUUGUUUUUAUAAGUUUUUAUUUCAUGAAGAAAUACCAAGAAAUUAAAACAGCUUAACAACAUCCAAAUAUAAAGAGGUGAUACAAAUCUGUGUGGGACUGAUAAUGCUGUCGCUGAUAGUCCAUUCUCUGACAUGAGAAAAAAUCAAUUGGUGCAACCCUGCUUUCAUAAAUAUGAAAAUGAUCUGUAAUACCUGAGUUCUGGCUGAAAACUUGAAUGUAAAAUACUUUUGUCCAGGAAAUGGCUGGUUGAUAUUUCGGAACAAAGUUUAUACCUCAAGAGUUAAUGCGUUGAGCAGAUUUUUUGGCAACUGUUGUUAUAUUUGGAAGGCAUUACGUUGAGUACAUGGGUUCAAACUGUUUUGAACAUGCUUGAACGAUUUAAAGAUUCGGCACGAUUAACAUUUGCAUCUUUGUUUUUUGUUUUUUUUUCCUUUCUGUCGUAGAUGACAUAUCCAUACAUUGUGUACUGCACACAGUGUAUGCCCUGUGCUGUGCUAAGCAAUGCUUUAACCACAGAGUCUUUUACAUGCCAGUGUCCUGUGGGAGAGUUGAGGAAAUCAGCAUUUUAUAAAAAUGUUGUGGUUGAAGUAUACCCACAAAACCCAGACCAGUUUGCAGAUAUCAGACUGUUAUUUCCAGAUUUUGCUUCAUUAUUUUCUAUAAUAAUUUGAGGUGUGCAUGUUCUGGUGUUUUUUUUUUUUUUUUUUUCAUUUUCCAAGCAAUUCAUUUCACCUUCAGAAUCAUGUUGGUGUUGCGAUUACAGAAGCGCUUUUAUGUACUGUAGCAACUCAUACUGCGAAACAAAUGUUGAUAAAUUGCAUUCACCUUGAUAAGCUACAUUUUUCAUACAUUACCUGUUUAUAGUCAUUCUCAGGAAACUGUAUUUUGUUUGUUACAUUAAUUGUUGUUGAUCAUCACGGGUGCUGUUAAUUCUUGACCUGGCUGGGUAUUGCAAAUUGGUGCCCUGACAUGGGUGUUUUUUGUUCUCUGAAAACAAUGGGAAUUUGAUUAAAUUCAUGGGGGACACUAGCCCUUUAUUCUGCCACUGCGUUGAAAAAAAGAUCUUAUGUACUCAUUUAAAAAAGGACAACUGGUAGGAUUCAUACUGGCAAACCUCUUUAACUGAUCACUUCUUUCACGUUCCAGAGAUUUCCCAGAGUGACAGUUAACAUAUUACAGGCAUUGGACAUUUUUAAGGAAACAUACCCUCCACAUGGGGACAAAUAUAAAGAAUGCGCCACAUUUCACCAUUUCGCCUCUCAAUUACAUCUACCCAUUUGUUAAAUUUACUGUAAAGAGGCUCUGUUUUAGCUGAUGUGGUACCUUUCGUAACUGUCCACUGGGUUGUAUGGGGGCACCAAGCGGUUCAAAUAAGCAUGAAAAUAAUGUGAACCAUUAGCUUUGACUGUCAUUCUUUUAUCGCCGUCAGCGCAGUGGAAGUCACAUGGAAACUGUAUUGUACACUGCCACAUUACCAACAAAUAACCAGUGCUGGAAAGUCCCGAAUAGCCCACUGGAACAAGUUUUGUAAAUGUCUCCCUUGUUUUACUGGAAACACUUUGCUUCUCUGUGAAGCAGUGUUGGAACAUUGACCCCACAUGGAAUGCAAAUAUAUGACCAGGCUUCCAUUUUCCUUUGGAACAGCCGGUAUAGAAAAUAGUUCAGAGGAAGUGGUAUGAGAUCUGCUGAAUUCAGUGAAGUUUUGCACAGUUGGGUUUAAAGAACUUUCAAAUUAGACAAUGUACUGUCUUGUGUAUAAGUGCUUACUCUACACCAACAAGCUGGAUAUUUUUUUAAGUUUAGAAUGGAUAUUUUUAAAUAAAACAAAUGGCUUGACUAUUUAAAUUGAUUGUACAUUAAAGUUUUUGAUGAGUACAAAA